AUGGCAUACACGACUUUUAUCCCGCUCGUCAUCAUUGCCAUUAUCAUCUUCCAGCUACGCAAUGUUGGUCGAAGGCCGAAGAACUACCCUCCCGGGCCACCAACGAUGCCCAUCAUUGGGAAUUUACACCAAAUACCACAAGUACACCCGCAUGUUCAAUUCAAAAAGUGGGCAGAGGAGUAUGGACCCGUUUACUCUCUCAUCCUGGGAACCAAUGUCAUGAUCGUGCUCUCGACGGACAAAGCUAUCAAGGAUUUGUUAGAUAAGCGCAGCAACAUCUAUUCGUCUCGCACUGGACUCUACCUUGGCAACUUGGUCAGCGGGUACCUGCGCGUACUCCUCAUGCCAUACGGCGAGACAUGGCGUAUGAUACGGAAGAUCAUGCACUCUGUCCUGCACAUAAACGCGUCGAAAGGAUACGUCCCGUACCAGGACCUCGAGAGCAAGCAGAUGUUAUGCGGCAUUCUAGACCAGCCACACUUCUUCGCCGAUCAUAUUCGCCGCUUCACCAACUCCCUCACCACGCAGAUGGUCUUUGGAUUCAGGACCAUAGACAUCCACGACGAGAACCUGAAGAGGUUGUACGAUUGCGUCGAGCAGUGGAGCGAGGUGAUGGGAUCGUCUACGGCUGCCUUCCUGGACGUAUUUCCUCUCCUGAGGAAACUACCUGACUUCAUGCUUCCGAUGCGGCGCUAUGCCAAGGAGCUACAUAGGAAGGAGAAGGCGCUUUACGUGGGACACUGGAUCGAUACGAAGCAGAAGAUCCUUCAGGGAACAGCAAUGCCCUGUUUCAGCGUCGGAGUUGCUGAAGGUCAAAAGGCCUAUGGCUUCUCCGAUGAUCUGGCGGGAUAUAUCGUUGGCUCACUCCAUGAGGCUGGGUCAGACACGACAGCAUCCACGCUGAAUGGUUUUGUCCAAGCCAUGGUUCUGUACCCAUCGGUCCAGAAGCAGGCUCAACUCGAACUCGACAACCUAUGCGGCACCGAAAGGCUCCCAACUAUCGAAGAUUAG